AUACCAAGAAACCAAAAAUCCCUUUUCCUCUAUAAAUAGAUGAUUCUAAAUGCUUUGCUAAGUACCACUUUAUUGCUUCAAUUUGUAAUUGUACCCUAGAAAAGAACAAUGUUGUCCUUGAUGCUAGAAACAUUUGGUAAAUCAAGUGCAAUGUUGACUAGUUUGUUCUUAGUUUAUACAACAUUUACACGAUUCGUUCCCCAUGAAAUUCAACUCUAUGUUCACACUUUUACCAACAAAAUGAUGAGCCUAAUCUUUCCUUAUGUGAAAAUUAGUUUCCACGAGUACAGUGGUGACAGUUUCAUGCGAAGCCAACUCUAUGAAAAUAUCCAAACUUACUUAAGUGUCAACUCCACAACCCUAGCUCAAAAACUCAAGGCUUCUGAUGUUAAAGAUAGUAAAUCUAUGGUUCUAAGCCUAGAUGACAACUCCCAAGUCCCUGAUCAAUUCAAAGGUGUUAAGCUCAAGUGGAUUUCUCACAAAAUAGACCCCACUGCAUCCUCACUAAGGUGGGGUUAUCCAAAUUCGGACGACAAAAGGUACUUCACACUCUCCUUCCAUAGACGCCACCGCGAACUCAUCACCACCGCUUAUCUCCGCCACGUCUUGGAGGAGGGAAAACGAAUAGCCCUCAAGAAUCGCAAGAGAAAGCUUUACACCAAUGGCUCUACUGACAUUUAUCGAAGUGGUAAAUCAAGUAAGUGGAUCAGUGUGGAUUUCGAGCACCCUGCAAGUUUCGAAACACUUGCCUUGGACCCCAAGUUAAAGAAAGACAUUAUGAAAGACCUCCUUAAGUUCAAAAACGGAAAGGAUUACUAUACCAAAGUUGGUAAGCCUUGGAAAAGAGGGUAUCUUCUUUAUGGUCCUCCAGGGACAGGAAAAUCAACCAUGAUCUCUGCUAUGGCUAAUUUUCUUGAUUAUGAUGUUUAUGAUUUGGAACUCACUUCUGUUAAGGACAACACUGAACUGAGGAAACUGUUGAUUGACAGUUCGAGUAAGUCCAUAAUUGUGAUUGAAGAUAUUGACUGUUCUCUUGAUCUAACUGGUCAACGAAAGAAGAAGAAUAAGAAAAAGAAAGAUGGAGUACAGAGUAGUAAUAGUAGUGACCCUGUUAAUGAAGAUUCAAUAGAUGAUUAUAGUAAGGUGACUCUUUCUGGGCUUUUGAAUUUCGUUGAUGGGAUUUGGUCAGCUUGUGGUGGUGAGAGGCUUAUUGUGUUUACUACUAAUUAUUUUGACAAACUUGAUCCUGCUCUUAUUAGGAGAGGAAGAAUGGACAAGCACAUAGAGCUUUCCUAUUGUGGUUUUGGGGCUUUUAAGGUUCUUGCCAAGAACUACUUAGAUGUUGAGUCACAUGAUUUGUUUUCUAAGAUUGAGUGUUUGUUGGGUGAAACUGAAAUGACUCCUGCUGAUGUGGCUGAGAAUUUGAUGGUGAAUUCUGAAGAGGAAGACUUAGAUGAGUGUAUGAAGAAUUUGGUUGAAGCACUUGAGAAGGCUAAAAAGAUUAAGGCUAAGGAGGAAGAAGAGAAAUUAUUGGAGAAAGAAAAAGAAGGAAUUUUGGGUACUAAAGAUGCUGUGAAAUGUAAUGGAUUGAUCAAUUCAAUUGAGGAGGAAGGAGGUUAGAGGAAGAACAAGGUUGGUCAUGUGUGUUGUAAUUGGAAUUAACUAGGUUCUUUAGAUAUUUAUAUAAAAAAAUUUAAAAAGGAAAAAAGGAAAAGUAAAAAAAAAUUGCAAAUCUUUGUUUCUAGGACGUGUUGGUAAAUAUGGUGGUGUGGUGUGGAGUGUGGACAUAGCUUAAUUAAGUGUCUAGUGUUGUAUGUUGUUGGAUUUGAUUUCAUUUGGUACAUAAUGGUUCAAAAUGUUAUGUUUGCUUUCC